UGCACUUCCAGUUAGCAUUACAAGUAUAGUGUGGGGAGGACUUUGCUGCAGUCAUUUCCAAGCCUGCUUAAGAAAGGCUCAUCCUCAUAGGGGACUGAGAAUAAAGGUGAUUGGCUAAAGGCCUAGGGCAGUGCACUGAUUGGAUCAAAGGAUUGAGUCACCUCGGUGGUGAUUUAAUUUUAUUCUCUGAAAUUCCCACAUGUGAGCCUGGACAAGUGAAGCAAACAGACUGACAGACAGAAGGGGCUUGCUAUCAGGACCAGAUUUGAUUUUUUUUUUUUUUUUUUUUAUAAAAUAAGGGUGCUUCCCAAGCUGUUGGAACAAAUGAGGAGGCUAUACAAAAGAAAGGUGCUUAAUUAAAUUAGGGGAUCUGAAAACUUUUAACGCAAGAACAGAAUAUCAACAAGUCAAGUAUGUCAAAGCAGGCGGUAUUCAAAGGACUGGUUGAAAGCUUUGCAUCAUGAACUUUUUGUGCCUUUAAAGCUUUUGAGAACCUGAAUUUCUCACCAAACCUGCUGUCUCCAAAACUUAGGAUGGGUAGCACCACCAUCCUUCCCCGUGGUGCCCUGGCCAUGGGGGUGGCGCGUGCCAUCCGUCGCUUUAGCACAGAUAUUCCAGACCCACUCAGAGAGGAAGAGGAAUCAGAGCUGACACAGGGUAUAAAGCCAACUGCCUAUCGCAAUGGGAAGGUACACACAAAGCCUAUUCGUCAGCGUACCCGCUUUGUACAAAAAGACGGUCACUGCAAUGUAGAAUUUAUUAACCUCAGUGAAAAGAGCCAACGCUACCUGACUGACCUUUUUACAACAUGUGUAGACAUACGUUGGAGGUGGAUGUUUCUUAUAUUUUCCUUUACUUUUGUGGUUUCCUGGCUUAUUUUUGGUUUCACUUUCUGGCUUAUUGCCUCAUUGCAUGGGGACUUGGCACCACCACCUGAGCCUGGCUCAGAAGAGAUCCCACUUCCUCCCUGUUUCUUACAAGUCACCAGCUUCAUGGCCGCCUUCUUGUUCUCCUUGGAAACACAAACUUCCAUUGGAUAUGGAUUCAGAAGUGUGACAGAAGAGUGCCCGUUGGCGGUGUUGACUGUGGUGCUGCAGUGCAUUGUGGGCUGCAUUAUUGAUGCCUUCAUUAUUGGAGCCAUCAUGGCAAAAAUUGCCAAACCAAAAAAGAGAAAUGAAACUCUUGUGUUCACAAAAAAUGCAGUGAUUGCCCAAAGAGAUGGAAAACUGUGUCUCAUGUGGAGAGUGGCUAAUCUGCGCAAGAGCCAUCUAGUGGAGGCCCAUGUACGAGCUCAGUUCCUGCAGCCUAGAGUCACGCCUGAAGGAGAGUACCUACCACUGGACCAUACAGAUAUCAACGUUGGGUUUGACAAUGGCACAGACAGAAUCUUCCUUGUGUCUCCAGUUACCAUUGUCCAUGAAAUUGAUGAAGAGAGCCCCCUGUAUGAAAUCAGUAAGGCAGACUUGGAGACAGCUAACUUUGAACUAGUCGUCAUCCUUGAAGGCAUGGUAGAAGCUACAGCAAUGACCACGCAAUGUCGUAGUUCUUAUCUUCCAUGUGAAAUUUUUUGGGGGAGUCGAUUUGAACCAGUCCUGUUUGAGAAACGUAAUCAUUAUGAAGUGGACUACCUGCACUUCCACCGUACUUAUGAUGUCCCCAAUAUUCCCACAUGCAGCGCCAAAGAGCUUUCCGAAAGGAAAUAUUCCAUGGUGGCCCGCAGUUCAUUUUGCUAUGAGAAUGAAGUAGCUCUUAACUGCAUCUGUGAUGAGGAGAUACCUGCUCUUGUGGACACAAAAUCAUUGAAUGCUGAGGUAUCUCUAGAGUUAGACAUGCUAAGGGUGGUGGAUCCCCUAGAGGAAAUAUUGCUAACAUGAUUUUAUGAAUGGAUUUUACUCAAUCAUUGGGUUUUGUUUAGUGGGAACAUAGCAGAGAUCUGCUACAAAUGAGGAUGUCUUUUUUCCACCACAUCUUUUACAGGAAAAAGACAUAUUUGAGGGCGAAAAAGGCACAUUUGCUGGACAAAGGUACGAUCUAUACAAAGCUUCUACCGGUGCUUCUGCAGCAUCCAGCUUUGUACAAAUGAUCAAUGGAUACUCAAGUCACCUACUUUAACAAAGUUAGAUUGCUUUAUUUCAUUUCCUCCUUCUCAGCGAAUGCAGCUCUUGCACUUUGUUUGGUGAACACAAGUAGCCAAGGGUUUAUCACUCACACAUAAUGCAGCUUAAGCCUAUCAAUCAUGUCAAAAGCAUCAGCAAACUAAGGUCAUGUUGAAAUCCUCAUUAAAAAAGACACAGGUGUCUUAUUCUAACUAGGAGAACACUCUAAUGACUUCUGUGAAGUGUAGAAUUUUGAUUCUCCCUAGAUAUCAUAUGAGACGAAAUAUACAAAAGGCCAAAUACAACCAAGAACAGCAAAAAAAAAAAAAAUGCAACGAUAGCAUUCUGUACCUGUCACAUUCCUGAAUGAAUGAGCUAUUUUUCAUCCUAUCCAUAUAAAUGUGUUAGCAUUGUUGAGGAAUAUGUAAUAUAUUCACAAUAAUAAAACUUCAGAAUACAAAAUGGCUUGCAUAGGAACCAAGCAAUUGUUAACCAUUUAUUAAAUACAACCCCACAAACAAUUGUUAUACAGGGUAUUGAUAUCACCAUUUGUUUUUUAUUUUUUAAGAAAUAAACAAUUCCCCAUUAAAAAACUGAAAAAACAUAUGUUAUGAGAAAAUUCAUAAAUGUUAGAUGUCAAAAGUAUUUUCAAAACAAUACUCAGUAACAUGGCAUACUUCUGAAUCUUUUUUCCCAAAAAUGCAAAAAUGUAUAUAAAUGUUUUUAGUACAUUAUGUGGCUGACUGAACAAAGUGACUAAAUCUAAAUCUUUACUCUUUUGAGCGUCUGCCAACUGUUGAACGGGUCUCCAGCAACUGUCCAAGAAUAAUGUGGAAGGUUUUCGUUAGUUAUGUUAUUUCCUGGGUGGUUUUAUCUUCGUUGAGUGGAAUACAGGGUUUUUCAACUAGUUUUUUUAAGGUAGAUCUAGAUAAUGUGAUGGGCUGGCAGUUCAAGAUCACUAUACAGUUAUUAAAACUUGAAACAGAUUGGUGUCAAAAUGUUGCAUCCAAAUUUAUCUCAGCUACACACAGAGUGCCAAAUGUAAACAUUUGCAGAAAAAGUGGAUUAACAGGUCACUGCCAAACCCAUCACAAGAUGUUUUUAUUUUACUCUUUUUAGUACCAAGCUGAAAAACCCUAUAAGUGCUACACAUCUCGCCCAAGCAAUCAGCAUCAGGAACCAAUCAGGUCAUUCCCUUUACUAUCAAACUUUACAAGAUAAUGAAAAUGAAACAUUUACUUUCUUGGUGACUUCUUGGCAAUAUCUUUGACCACAUGCCUUGAUCAUUGGGAAAGUUUCUCACCUAUUGUUGUUGCUUUUUCCAUCUGUAGUACAUCACCAACAAUGCAACAGGAGGACAAAGACCUACAAACAUGGUUUUGUAAUGGCUGGACUAAAAACUUUGGUGGAAGGACCUUGACCCUGAAGCCCCUGAGUAACAAUAACACCCAAAGCUAAAGUAGGCCAUACAGGGGUCGAAUUCCGAAUUUAGAAAAUCAUAACGAAUAAUUUUCUUUUGAAUUUCGCACCAUCACAUUUGAGUGAUUUGGCAUGUUGGAAUUUUUUGUAAAAACUAACAAAUUUCUAAUCAGUGAUGGGUGAAUAGUGCCAGAAAUAUAAUCCAAAAAAAAUAAAUGUGUACGAGUGCAAGAAAAGUUACCCAGCCACGAAAAUUAUUUUCUGUAACAACAAUUGAAGGCUUGGUUGGUAGAAUUUCGAAAUCAGUGGUGGCACCAUCGAAUUACAAAACUCACAAAAUUUCUGAUUUUCAAAAUAUUAUUUUUUUAAGAAUUUGACCUGUGUAUGUCCUGCAUAAGAUAGCAAUCAAAUCUAUGAAGCCUUUAAAACACACCUGAUACUUGAUUGCAUUGGGUUAACAUAAACAGGAACGUUUAAACAAGCAAAGUAUCAAAGUCUUGGACUAGGCAAUCAGCAUUGAAUGUUAAUUAUUCUUACGAACUAUGCAAAAUAAAGAAAUUAACAGGAUGUAUUCAUUAACUCUAUUUGGAACACAAAUUAAACAAAAAAAAAUGCCAAAUGAAAUAUUCAAGUGUAUAGAUAGGUAAUUUCAGCAAUGUUCAUGAUGAUAUUCAGUUACCCUUGCACAUGGUGCAAAUGUUUCAGCUUUGUUUCAAAUAAAGCAUAUUUUGGACCUUAA